AUGUGCGUACGCAGGGGUCACUUUGUUGACGCAAACAUCGGGCGUGCGUUCAGAAGCUCGCUCGAAGUUUCUGUGGACCCCCAGUCCGAGACUGGCCGAUCUGCUUUGCUAUGGAUCGUGAGAAUCGAUACCAAAGAUACGAUGGAUGUUCUAAUAUUCUUGACUCGCUUGGAACUCGCGUGA